AUGAACCCUAGUCGUACAAUCGCUAAUAAAGCACUGCGUCCAAUUGCUCGGUCUUUCCACACUACUCAUACUCGCUUGACAGGAAAGACAGUUGAGGCUACUACCUCAACUUUCGAUUCACUCGUAACAAAAGCUGACCAUCCAGUCAUUGUAGACUUUUAUGCAGACUGGUGUGGUCCAUGCAAAAUGUUGGGGCCCCUCCUUACAAAAACAGUUGCUGCCAAUCCCAAGGUGACACUUGUUAAAAUCAAUGUGGAUGAUCAUCAGGAAGUUGCUGCUAAAUAUAAGAUAGCAGCUUUACCUACUGUUUCGGCCUUUUAUAAUGGCAAAGUUGUUGACUCUUUUGUGGGCAUGCGUAAUGGACCAACAGUAGAGGAGUUCGUAAAAAAGCAUGCUGAACUUGCUUAG